AUGCCUUCGCGAAAACCGAGCAAGUAUGGCAACAAAUUCCGGUCAGGUGGUGCAUCGUUCAACCCGAAAAGAACAAAAACCGUGGAAUUCUCCUCCCUCCGAUCCUCAGAAGCAACGUCUCAAGAUGAAAAAUUCGAGGCGAUCCGGCUUGCGAACAGCAUAGAUGAGGCGCUGGGCUUCCCGCGCUUCGAAGCUGGCGAGAAGAGAGCCGGGUGGCUUAUCAAUAUGCAUAGCACGUCAAUAGAGGACUCGAAUGUCCCGGGAGGUCGCGCUGGUGUGGAUUACUAUUUUCUUGAGGACAAUGGAGGCAGCUUCAAAGCGACGGUGGAAUACGACCCAUAUUUCCUCAUCGCAGUCAAGUCGGGCCACGAGGCAGAGGUUGAAGAAUGGUGCCGGAGGAUGUUUGAAGGCCUCAUAAAGAAAAUCAAGAAGUUAGAGAAGGAGGAUCUCAAGCUUCCGAACCAUCUGCUUGGACACCAGAGGCCCUUUCUUCAGCUGGAGUUCACUAACGUCAGCCAUCUUCUUGAAGUACGGAAAACUCUUUUGCCUCUGGCAGAGAAAAACAAGAAGAACGUCAAUAUGAUGGAUACUUAUGUUGAGAUCUCGAAUGCAAACUCUGGAUUCGAUCUCUUUGAUGACGAACUAAUUAAUGAUGCACGACCUAAUGGCAGCACUAAUGCGAGUGAUUUUAUAAUUGAUAUUCGAGAAUAUGAUGUUCCAUACCAUGUUAGAGUGGCAAUUGAUAAAGAUAUACGGAUAGGAAAAUGGUACACGGUAGAGGCGAAACACGGCGUUAUUUCAUUAACUUGCUUGGAAGAGCGACUUACAAGAGCGGAUCCUGUGGUUCUCGCGUUUGAUAUUGAGACAACGAAGCUACCGCUCAAGUUCCCCGACUCUGUGAUCGACCAGAUUAUGAUGAUAUCCUACAUGAUCGACGGCCAGGGAUUUUUAAUUACCAAUCGGGAGAUAGUGUCGGAAGAUAUUGAGGACUUCGAGUACACUCCUAAACCCGAAUACAACGGACCCUUCAUGAUCUUCAACGAGCCUGAUGAGCGGAGCGUUCUCGAACGGUUCUUUGAACACAUACAACAAGCCAAACCGACUGUCAUCGCCACAUACAACGGUGACUUUUUCGAUUGGCCUUUCGUUGAAGCUAGGGCAAGCGUUCUAGGUAUCGACAUGUACAGAGAGAUUGGGUUCCGAAAAAACAGCGAAGAUAUCUAUGUCAGCGACCACUGCGCACAUAUGGAUUGCUUCGCAUGGGUCAACCGUGACAGUUAUCUUCCACAAGGUUCUCGUGGUUUGAAGGCUGUCACCGUUGCGAAGCUCGGGUAUGACCCUGAUGAACUCGACCCGGAACUCAUGACUCCCUAUGCAAGCGAACGACCGCAAACAUUGGCUGAAUAUUCAGUUUCCGAUGCCGUCGCUACGUAUUAUCUGUACAUGAAAUAUAUUCACCCCUUCAUCUUCUCUCUUUGCACGAUUCUCCCUUUGAACCCGGAUGAUACCCUGCGCAAAGGAACUGGUACCCUCUGUGAGAUGCUUCUGAUGGUCCAAGCAUAUAAGGGCAAUAUUAUAUUGCCGAACAAACAUAAGGACCCGCCGGAAGCCUUCUACGAGGGUCAUCUUCUCGAGUCUGAAACGUAUGUUGGUGGACACGUCGAGAGUAUCGAGGCUGGAGUGUUUCGAAGUGACAUUCCUGUUCCUUUCAAUGUCGACCCGACGGCCGUGGACGAACUACUUCGUGAUCUUGACGCUGCCUUGAAGUUCAGUAUCGAAGUCGAAGAGAAGAAGUCCCUAGACGAUAUCGCCAACUAUGAAGAAGUCAAAGGACAGAUUUCCAAACUUCUCAUCGACCUACGAGACAAUCCUCAAAGAAACGAAGUCCCUUUCAUUUACCAUUUGGAUGUCGCUUCCAUGUAUCCAAACAUCAUGAUCACAAAUCGACUUCAGCCUGAUUCGCUAAUUCAGGAGUCGAAUUGUGCUGCGUGUGAUUUCAAUCGUCCUGGUAAGACCUGUGAUAGACGUUUGCCAUGGGCUUGGCGAGGUGAAUUCCUUCCAGCAAAGCGUGACGAAUACAACAUGAUCCGGCAUGCUGUCCAAAAUGAACGUUUUCCUGGGAAAACGAAGAAGGCCCCGAUGAGGGCGUUUUCUGAGAUGAGCGCCGACGAACAAGCGGCCAUUGUCAAAAAGCGUCUUCAGGACUACAGCAAAAAGAUCUACCAUAAGAUCCACGACAGCAAGACAAUGGUAAGAGAGGCCAUUAUCUGCCAACGGGAAAACCCCUUCUAUGUGGACACUGUGCGUAGCUUCCGUGAUCGAAGAUACGAUUUCAAAGGCAAGCAAAAAGUAUGGAAGGGCAAAACCGACUCCCUGAAGUCGUCAGGUGCUCCAUCCUUGGAGGUGGAGGAAGCGAAAAAGAUGAUAGUUCUAUACGACUCUCUUCAGCUUGCCCACAAGGUUAUCCUUAACAGUUUCUACGGUUAUGUCAUGCGAAAGGGUUCCCGAUGGUACUCUAUGGAGAUGGCCGGUGUCACUUGUCUGACUGGUGCACGUAUCAUUCAGAUGGCCAGAGAGCUUGUUGAACGGAUAGGACGACCGCUCGAACUUGACACAGAUGGUAUCUGGUGUAUGCUUCCAGGAACAUUUCCUGAGAAUUUCUCAUUUACACUCAAGAAUGGCAAGAAGCUGGGUAUAUCUUACCCAUGUGUUAUGUUGAAUCACCUUGUCCACGGAAGUUAUACAAAUCACCAAUACCAGGCCCUCUCAAACCCGAAAACCUUCAAGUAUGAGACGCACAGCGAAAACUCGAUCUUCUUCGAAGUCGAUGGACCUUACAGAGCAAUGAUCUUGCCCACGUCCAAGGAGGAAGACAAGAACCUAAAGAAGCGUUACGCUGUUUUCAAUGACGAUGGCUCAUUGGCAGAGUUGAAGGGUUUCGAGGUCAAGCGGCGAGGAGAACUCAAAUUGAUCAAGAUCUUCCAGACUCAGAUCUUCAAAUUCUUCUUGGAAGGAUCAACGCUUGCGGAGACCUAUGGUGCAGUAGCUCGCGUGGCUGAUAGAUGGUUGGACGUUCUCUAUGAGCAUGGGUCUACACUAGCUGAUGAGGAACUUAUUGAACUUAUUUCCGAAAAUCGAAGCAUGACAAAAACGCUCGAAGAAUACGGAAAUCAAAAGUCGACAUCCAUCACAACCGCGCGGCGUCUGGCAGAAUUCUUGGGGGAGCAAAUGGUCAAGGACAAGGGUCUAAAUUGCAAGUACAUUAUCUCAGCAAGACCUAGGAACACACCUGUCACAGAACGGGCAAUCCCAGUGACCAUAUUUUCCGCUGAAGAGAGUAUCAAGCGCCACUUCUUACGAAAGUGGCUCAAGGACGACCCUGGUGAUAUGGACCCUCGAAGCGUGAUUGACUGGGACUACUACCUGGAACGAUUGGGAUCCGUCGUACAGAAGCUUAUCACAAUCCCAGCUGCUCUUCAGAAAAUCCGCAAUCCUGUUCCUAGGGUUGCCCACCCAGAGUGGCUACAGCGAAGAAUCAAUAAACAGGAUGACAGAUUCAAACAGGUGAAGAUGACCGAUAUGUUUGGGAAAUCCGAAAAGAAUCCAUUGGUCGAUAUAUCGGCCAACAUCCUUGAUCACCGGGUUCAACAUGCGGACAAUCUGGAUGAAGCAAUGGCGAGUUCAAUGGAAAAGCUCAAGUCCUCGUCUCCGCACAAACUGUCUGGAAAGCGAAAGCACCCCGAGAGUCAACCAAAGACAUCGCUGGAUCCGUUUGCUAGUCUUCCCGCAAAGAUGCCGUCCAUGUCAGAUGACUACGUUAGUUUCUUGAAGUACCAAAAGCAAAAGUGGAAGAUUCAAAAGCAAGCCCGACUUCGCCGCCGACAGCUCUUUGGUGAAAAGGGCAAUACCGGAGGAGAUUCUCUGAGCCACCUUUUCAGAAACCAGGCUGAGCUGCUUUAUAUCAGUACAUGGCAAGUUUUGCAACUUGCUGAAACAACCAGACCUGGGAUUGUGCGGGCAUUUGUUUUGAUCGACCGCAAAAUCCAUGCUUUAACAGUCAAAGUUCCCCGAUGUAUUUACAUCAAUCUGAAGCAGGACUCACUCCCCGAUGUCGAUGUUCCAGAAUGCGAGGUUGAAAAGGUCAAUCACACAUUACCGAAUGGGCACCCUUCAGUCCAUCUGUUCAAACUUACUCUGUCGGAAGAGACUUUCCUACGCGAGGCAGAGAAGAUUGACGCUCUUUUGCAACAUCCGAGUGUUGAGGGAGUCUACGAGAGAAACAUUCCUCUAAACCUUCGGGCAGUACUGAAGCUCGGCAGCAUUUGCACAUUUGAUGAAGGACAGCGAGGUGUGCUUGGAGAAGGACUGGAUCGCGGAUUCGACCUCUCGACAUUAUGCCGUACGGCUUCGGAGCAAACAUAUCUCCAAGACUCCCAUCUGGGGUAUCAUUAUCUCUAUCAUGUUUCAUCUGGCGAUAAGCAAAUAUUUGCUAUCUUCUCGAGCACGAAGAAUGAAGCACACAUUGUCAUCCUUAACCGUGCAAGAGACGUCCAAGGUCUUCCGAAUGUCGACAAGAUUUACUCGGAGCUUCUCUCCCGCAAAAUGCAAGAUAAGUCAACGGAUCAGGCCGAUGGGGCUUUCGAAUAUCAAGAGAAGAUUCACUUCAGAACCACCCAGAUCACAACAAGGAGAAAGGCGUACUUGGAAGUGGGUGAUUUGAUCAAAAAGCUUCGGAGCGAUGAAACACUGCCGGCUGUUAUGAUAAUACAAUCUCAGCAUAGAAAUCGCCUUUGUCAUGAUAUCCCGAUCUUGAAGGAAUACCCAAUUAUCCCGGUAAAGCCAGAAGUCUCGGAUAUGAAUCUGCCCCCAUUGGGGUGGCAGUCUUUUAUUGCCAGGAGACUGGUGACACACUAUCUUUAUCUGUCAUCCUGGGUGCAACACCUCACAAUGCUCGCUAGAUACGGUGAUGUCCCACUUUGCAACCUCGAGAGUGACGAUCCACGAUUCCUGAUUGAUAUCUCAUACGCUAGGCGGCUUCAACAAAACAAUGUUGUUCUAUGGUGGUCGACAAACGCGAGGCCCGACCAUGCGGGAUAUGAAAAGGAUGACAUUACCGGCCCGCUAGAAAGGGUUAGCAUGCCAUCCAUUAACGUUCCCAACUCUUAUACCACCGUAUGCGUCGAGCUAGAAGUUCGUAACCUCGCCAUUAACACGAUCCUCACUUCAUCUAUAAUCAAUGAGAUGGAAGGAACCGACUCACUCCUUGCUCCGUCCGAGCCAUCAGCGGAAGGGAGUGGCUCUGGUGUUCUUUACUCUGAAAAGGCAUUUGCGUCGGCUGGUGCAGGUGUGCUACGUGAGAUGGUAAAGCACUGGUGGUCCGAGGCCUGCCAAGGGAAUAACAUGGCAGACAUCAUGGUGCAGCAUUUGAUUCGAUGGGUGGAGAGUCCGGCGUCAUGUCUUUACGACCGUUCGUUGCAUCAAUAUGUGCGGAUGUUGUCGAGAAAGUCUUUCCAGCAGCUCAUGGCUGAAUUCAGACGCGUCGGCUCGAAUGUCAUUUUCGCGAGCUCUACACGUCUCCUGCUUCAGACUUCAAAGACGGAGGUGGGGAACGCCUACGCGUACAGCCAGUACGUGCUGAAGUCGAUUCGGGCAAACCCAUCGUUUCACUUCAUUGAUCUUGAUAUCAAGGAAUAUUGGGACUAUCUUGUUUGGUAUGAUGAGUACAACUAUGGCGGCAAGGGGUGUCAAGAAGUUGUGGAGGCGGACGAACAGCCGCUGGAGACCGUCAUGCACUGGCAACUUAGCCGGUUCCUGCCAAUGCCCAUGCAAACUAUAUUCCAUGACUGGGUUGUGGAAUACCUUGAGCUGAUGCACGGCUUCAAGCGACCAGAAACCGAUGAUUCAUCUACUCCACGCAUGACCCAAAUCCCUCUCACGCGGGAAAACGGCGAGGUGAAUGAAGAACUCUCGGCUGUUCUCGCAGACAAGUUUUCCAAGCCCCUGAAGAAACAAAUUUCUGGUCUCAUCCGGCGUCAGCGGGAAGAACUGCUACACCCCGAACUGGCCUCCGAUUACGUCUUCCCAGUUCUCCCAGGUGUCUUAACAGAUCCCAAUGAAGAAAAGCGCAACCCCGUCCUCGAACUAGUUAAACUUCUAAUGCAGGUCUUGAGUCUAUCCAAGACGACAGCGCUCGAAACUCGUCUAUUACGGCGCGAGUUGCUCGCACUUUUCGAAGUCCGGGAAUUCAGCAAAGAAGGACGCUUCGAGAAUCCAGGAAAUAGCCUCAAAAUCCCGGAGAUUACGUGCAGUGCCUGCUGCUUAAUCCGCGACCUAGACUUGUGCCGCGAUGAAGACGUGCUUCCCGAACCUGGGAAUGAUAGUUCAAACACGUUGUCAAGGCCAUGGCGCUGCCCAUUCUGUCAGACCGAGUAUGAUCGCCUGGCGCAAGAAGAGAUGCUGAUCGGCGAAGUGUACGGCAUGAUUGUUGCCUGGCAAACGCAGGAUCUCAAGUGCUCAAAGUGUGGGACUCUUAAGGUCAGCGAAUUCAUGGAGCAUUGCUCGUGCAGCGGCAAGUGGGCAGAAACCAUGGAUCGCGGCGAUAUCGAAAAGAGGUUGCGUGUUCUAAGCAGUGUUGCGAAGUUCCACGAACUCAAGCUGCUGCAGAAUGUUGUCGAGGAGGUUCUCAGCCACGUUUAG